AGUGGAUCUCUUCCGUCCCCUCCAUACCCGGGUUUUGAGCAAUAUAAAUACACAACAGCAUAGCAUGUAUAGCCAUGCAAAAAGAGAAUAUAAGUGACAACAUAUAUAUACACUACAAUAGUAGUUUCCAUUAAUCAGCAUGAAGGCCAUUUUCAUUGCAUUCUUACUUUUGGCUUCCAUGGCCUUCCUACCCUCUUCAACUCUAGCAGCUCGUGAAAUCAAAGGAGAGAAAGCAGCAAGACAUGCAGCAGUAACAGCUCCUACUAAUAACCCUAAUAAACCUUCUGUUAACUGUCCCCCUAGUUCGCCUUACAGAGAGUGCCUCAAACCGCGGCCGCCGCCAGCGCCAAAAUGUUCAGACUACACUCGUCGCUGCCCACCAUGAUGAUGCAUAUCUAUGAAGGCAAAUAAAUUGGAGUGAAUAAAGAAGAAGCUUUCCUUGUUAAUUAGUCUAUAAAUAGUGAUAUGUGAGUAAUAAAACUCUCUUCAUGAUGAGUUUUAUGUGUGUCUUAAUAUUGUUAAUCAUCUCUCUAUAUAUGUAUUUUGCUGUCAAUGUAUGUCACAUUUCACAAUGUGGUAGAAAAUUACAUAAGAAGAAGAAAAUUCUUCACACAAUGAAUCAACCCCAUUUAUUAGGGGCAUAUGUGUAUCUAACAGAAAGAAUGAUUCUGAAUAUGUGUAUUUUUAUAUGAAGAGAA